AUGUUUGCAGAGAAGCAAGAAUAGGUUUCCCAACAGCUUCUAGAUUCUCGGGAGUAGAUACCUGACGAGGAAUACUCAGAUGAAGAGGGCGAUGACCUAGAUCUACUUAAUAGACAUUCACUGAACAGCAAAAGUCUACACAAUUCGCAAGUUAUCCAUCACAAUUAGAAACCAGAUACUAAAGUUCAAUAUGAAACAUUUGAUUCCUCAAUAGAUGAGAGAAGAGAUGAAAAAGUGGUAUACAAGCUUAUCCAGAGAUGCGAGACCGAAGAACUUAAAAAACACCUCGAGGCAACUGCGGCAAAGUUUGAACUUACAGCUGUAUAUGACAGAUCUGGGUAUUCACCUCUGCAUUAUGCUGCUUUCAAGAAUAUAGAUGAGAUAUGCACUACUCUAUGCGAUUACAUUUUGAAAAGAAGACCUGCAAGUUAGCCAGCUAAUGAAUAACUAAAAGAAGAAUAGAUUUAACUGAACCAGCAAGCCUUGAAGGAUUGGAUUAAUUCGCCAUCUAAAGGAGAAGAGGGAUUUACUUGCUUGCAUUUCGCUACUUUUCAUGGAAACAUGCGUUUGAUAAAGUAUUUGGUCAGUUUGGGAGCUGACAUUCACGCCAAAAAUAAAUAAGCGAUUAAUAUGCUUCACGUUGCAGCUCAAGGAGAUUAACCGGCUUCGUUGAAUUACUUUUACGAGUCAGGAAUAGACAUCAAUUCAAGAGAUAAGAGGAACAGUACUCCUUUGCACUGGGCAGCAUUCGCAGGGGCUGAAUUAUCUCUAAGUUAUAUCUUGGCUUGGGAAGCUGAUAUUGAUAGUAUCGACUCAAAAGGUUUGACUGCAUUACAUCUAGCAGUAAAGUCAAGUGAAGAUAUCGGCUCUACAAAGGGCAUUAAACUGCUAUUAGUCAAGGGAGCAAACAAGACAAUCAAAGAUAAAUAUGGACAAAAACCAAUUGACUUGUUAGAUAGCUUCAGCCAAAGUGACAAGAGCAAAAAAUUAGCUCAAGAAUUAACUACUUUACUUUAAGAUCAAAGUAGUUAUCUAGGAGACUGCUUUAUGCUAAAGACAUAGUUUAAAAAGACAGAGAAAUCUUAUAGAAAUAUCAUUUUCUACUUUUUAUCAAUGACAAUAAACUUUUCUUUGCUAGUCAUUUUCGUUUACCCUCAUUUGCAAAAAGAUUAAGAUUGGCAGCUGUAUUCAAACUCAUCACUCUUUGUUGCUUGUAUGAUCCUUUGGGUCGUAGCAUGGCUAAAAAAUCCUGGCUACCUUGAGAAAGAUAAGGAUAUUUAGUUUAUGGAUCUGUUGGAGACGUUUGAGCCUAAUUGCUUAUGCCCAGAUUGCAGACUGAUUCGUACACCUAGAAGCAGACACUGCAAUAUCUGCAAUAAAUGCGUAGAGAGAUUCGAUCAUCACUGUCCUUGGAUUAACAACUGUGUCGGCAAACAGAACUACUCAGCUUUCUACUUCUUCGUGAUUAUCCAGUUUCUAUUCUUAACCUCAGCAAUGAUACUUGGUGCAACUUAUAUCGUUCAUCAAUUAAACUAAGUUCCAGAUACCUCAAAAAAAUCUUUAGAAGAGGAUCCAAAUUAAAUAACCAACAGAAUCAUCUGCAUCAUAGUAAUACUAUUUAGCUUUGGCUUGCUAUGCUUUGUCCAGACUAGCAAUGUCCUCAGAGGCUAGACCACAAGUGAAAGGUUUGCUAAGCAAAAGAGGAUAAAAAACAUGAGUUUGUCCCUAACUGAUACUCCAAGGAAGAAAUAUUCAGUUUUGGUCUUAGAUCAAGAUCCAGAAGUAGAUUGCCUAACAAAUUGUCGAUAAAUGAUAUGCAACAACUAAGUGCAAAACUAAAAAGAGCUGCUGAUUGCUACAAAAUAAGCUUAUUAAAACAGAACUCCUGGGUUUGUAUGA